AGGAGAACAACUCAGCUUGAGGAAUCACACCAUAUCCCCUCUACUCCGUCUUCCCGGUGAAAUACGGAACAAGAUCUACGAAUACACUUUCUCAGAGCGAUGUAUCCUUAUCACCAAUACGCCAUUCGGGCGCCUUCGCCUCUGUGUAGAGGACGAGCUCCACCCUCUUGGUCCAUACCCUCUUGGUCCACACCCUCCUUUCACCAACCUCCUUGCCACCACGAGAAUAUGUCGCCAAAUCUACGCUGAGACAUCUCUUCUACCAUUCCGCCAGAACGACUUUCGCAUCCGCAGCGUGGAGACGGGUCUCCAGUUUAUGAGGUGCAUACAGCCUACUCAGCGUGCUAAUGUUACAACACUGAGGCUGGAUUGUUAUGUGCUUAUAGAUGGGGUAUUGUUGUCGUCGUAUGAUUUGGGGAUCUUUGGGGGGUUGAAGAGGAUUGUGGUAAAUACAAAGUGUAGGGCAUUUAUGCGUAGAGCAAGCGCUGAGUGGCAGGAAGCGUACCAGCAGGAGUUGAGAACGGCACUGAGCAAUGUUGGUAGGGAUAUUGAUAUAAUCUUUGAGUAACGGGUUGGUUGCGAUUGCAAGUGCAGCAACUACACACCUACUUUGAGGGACAAGCUUUAGGUGAAUCCAUUCCCUUACCUGAACAUCCUUGGAUGAUGUCAUAAGCUCUCACCAACGGGAUGUUGUUCGUUCUAUUUCAUGCUACUUGCUUCUCACUCCACAACGGUUUUCGACUAGGCCUGUAUCACGC